GGACUGGGAGUAGAGACAGGAGGAGGACAUGGCUGGGUACAAGCCCAGGGUGAUAGUUCUGAGUAAGAAGCCAGGUCAUAGCUUUGGCUUCUUCCUGAGUGUGGAGAAAGGCGAGGAUGGUCACCUGAUCAGGAACCUUGAGAUGGGCGGGCCGGCCGAGCUGGCGGGUUUGAAGGAUGGAGACCGCAUUCUCCGGGUCAACGGAACCUACAUGGAUGAAAUGGACCACUCACAGGUGGUGGACCUGGUGAAGGAGAGUGGUGCAUCCGUCACCUUCCAUGUUCUGGAUGUGGCGUCCUACAAGCAGGCCAAGACUGAGGGGGUGGACUUUUCUGACCCUCACCCCAAACCCACCAUGAACGGAGUGGCAGGAGAGGCACCCAAACCCAAACUCUGCUACCUGACCAAGUCCAGCGGGGGUUACGGCUUCUCUUUGCGCUCUGUCAAAGGUGAGGUGGGCAUGUUCAUGGCAGAGGUGAACCCAGGGGGUGUGGCCGAGAGGGCAGGGGUCAAGGCCAACGAUCGUCUGAUAGAGGUCAACGGGGAGAACAUGGAGAACGCCACUCAUGAUCAGAUAGUAGAGAAGGUCAAGGCAUCGGGCAGCAGAAUCAUGUUUCUAUUGGUGGACGAGGACACAGACAAGUUCUACAAGAACAAACACAUCAGGCUAGGUGCAUGGCUAGCCACAGUGAAGUUCCUCCCACUGAAGCCACGCAUUGUAGACUUGUUCAAAGGAUCAGACGGCUAUGGAUACUUCCUAAAGGCUGAGCCUAACAAGACAGGCCAUUUCAUCAAGGACAUUGACAGGGGCAGCCCAGCUGAUAGGGCGGGACUAAAGGAGAUGGACAGGCUGGUUGCCGUGGAGGGAGAGGAAGUGGACAGCUGCAGCCAUGAGCAGGUGGUGGACAGAAUCAGGCAAUGUGGCAACAAGUGCUGCCUCCUGGUGGUCGAUGAAGACACGGACACGCUCUACAAGAUGGGAGGCGUGUCUCCUCUUUUCUAUUUGGAAGAGAUGGGAUUCCUCCUUCCAGCGAGCCCUCCACCCAGCUACCCAGAGUGCGUCCCGGCCCUUGCACCAGCCACCACAGCACUCCUCAAGCUGUGUAAGAUGGAGAAGACCUCCGCUGGGUACGGCUUCCACCUCAACAGUAUCCAGGGGGUCUGUGGCCUGUACAUCAAUGAGGUGGUGAAGGGUGGAGCUGCGGACAGGGUGGGUAUGAAGGACGAUGACAUUGUGGUGGAGGUGGACGGUGUAAAUGUGGAGCAGAGCAGUCACGAGCAAGUGGUGGAGUUGAUCCGUAACAGCGGCAGCUCACUGGUGCUCCUAGUGGCUGGGAAGCAGGCCUACAACCACUUCAAAGCCAAAGGGGUGGCCAUCACACCCCAGCUUCUCACCCCCGCACCCACAGCCAGGUCCCCAUCCCCACCCCCCUCCCCAGCCCAAAGACACACACCAGCCCAGAUACACACACCAGCCACUCUGGAGGAAGUCCGAGAGGAGGAGGAGGAGGAGGAGGCUAAGCCAGACAUCCCACUGCCCCAGACACGAGAGAGAACUCCAUCUGUGUCUUCAGCAGCAUCAUCUUGCUUGAGUGUUGAUGAGAGACUCUGAGAAGUCACCAAUGAGAAACAACUUCCUAACCUUUUCUGUCUCCAGUCAACAUUUGUACCAUGCAGGAUAAUGUGGAUAUCUUGGCAUAAAAAGUCUGAUCAAACUAAAUACAUUCCAAUGACAGUCUGUUUAAAGGUAUGAAUGCAAUUGGUUUAAAAUAGUAAUAAAUAGUUAUGUAUUAUUUAUGUAUAAUUGCAUUGAUCAGUUAGAUGCCACUGUUACCCAACAAACGUAUGGAUUCAUAUGAUCCUAUUACAAGCAACUGCAAUGUAGACAGAGAACACCAGUAAUACCAGUUCAAUGUGUUAUACUAUAACAAAAACCAUAUAGCGACAUCGGCCUGCACCUUAAUCAUAAAACUGUCGUUUAGAUAGCAUUUAAAUGGUCAUUUAUUUUAGCAGAUCCAAAGAGGCUUUCUGCUCAGAUGACAAAUACCGCUCUCACAAAGAGACAAAGUAUCCAGUCCCAGAUCUGUUUAUAAGUCACUAUUCACUUAUUCUCUGCUUAACUGGUAUAUUUAGUGGCAUUGCAGUACUUAAAAUAAAGGGAACGGAGUAACUAAUAA